AUGAUUACUACACCUGAUAUAAAUGACUCUACAUUUCAUGAACUCUAGAAUGAAAUAUAAAAUCUUAAAUCUGAGAAGGAGGACUUCAAGCAAACUUUGCUAAAGUUGUGGAUUCAGAUCUCCAAAACAUUCAAUGAUGACUUCGAAGAGAUACUGAAGUUAGGCAUCAAUUCAGACGUUGAAGAUAUUAUGAAUGCAAUUCUGAUUGUAGAAGAAGCAAGACAAGAAUAAAUUAAUAAUGAGAGAAAUUAGAUGGUUGCUUUGACCGAACAAUUGAAUUCACAUAAGAAUACUACAGAUUCUGGGAAUGAGGAGUUGAAGGAACUCGAAAAACAAUAUAGAGAAUUGAGCGAAUUGGUCUUGUCAUUGAAAUAAUAGAAUGUCGACAAGGAUCUUCAAAUUGCUACUUUGAAUGCAGAAACUAAUAAGCUCAAAGGGGAGGUUGCUUUGUUGUCAUCUAAAUUGAAUGAGUUGUCAGGUGCUUUGAUUUACGCAAAGGAAGAAAAAAUAAAAUAUAUGGAAUAAACACAAAAUUAGAUCAAGUUGUUGAUGGAAAAGGAUUUACAACAUAGUAGAUAGGUUUAAAUGUUGCAAAUACAAAAAAUUGAACUCGAAAAUAGUCUAAGAAAAAACAAUUAAAGAAAUGAAUAAUCUAUCAAUAUGUAUUGCUAAACUUAAAGAGAAGAGGAAUAGGCUAGAAUGCUUAGUUGUUCUCCAAGAACUACGCAUAUUGAUUUUUCUAAAAUUGUGUAAUUAAGUUUACAAAAUAAGAAGGCUGAAAUGGUAUCAGGAUCUUCGCUUUCUCAAAUUCCCUAUAGAUUUGGUAAAUGAUAAACGUUAAUAAUUAUUAAAUUUUCAAAUAUAAAUAUUAUAA